ACUUACAGCGGCGUUGAGUGCGGCGAGGGAUCCGGCUCCCUGACUUGAUUGUUUAAUAAAGUGCUGUGAGGUCAUUGGACAGAACGCGAAGUUCCACGGAACCUCUAGCAUGGGAACCCAUACGAUGUCGUCCGCCACAGAUCGAAUUGGUAAGUAUAUAACCAACGUAGGUAUGUAUGUCAGUAAGACAAUCCAGAUCCUACAUCUCUUUGAUAGUUAGAGCAAGUACGGGUAAAUUCUAACUCAACUUGUGCUGUUCCUAUUCAUCAUACCGCCGAAGUCACACCACGAUGUCGUCCAUAACGAUGAGUGCGCUUUCGAGAUGCGCCGUCUUGUCCGGCUUAGCUACCUCCUUGUAUCUUUCCAUGGUGUCGCCCGCAUCCGCCGCGGCCAUCUUACACAGUCGCGAUCCAGCAAGUUCCGCCAAUGACUGGGAUCCCGUACUUAAUGGGGAUUCGGGGGCAGAAUGUGCCGACCUUGCCGUCAUCUUCGCUCGAGGAACUUUCGAUGAUGGAAACCUUGGGCCUUGGGUCGGUGGCCCAUUUCAUGACGCACUAGUCAGCCAGGCAUCAGGUAUCAAGAUCGCGAUGCAAGGCGUCAGUCCCAGCGAUUACCCGGCCGAUCUAGCCGGCUAUGUCGAUGAAGGCGGAUCGGACAGUUGUGGGAAAAGUCUGGGGUCGGCCGUGCAGACGUACAAUUCUCAUUGCCCGAAUUCCAAGAUUGCCAUUUGGGGGUGGAGUCAAGGCGCGCUGUGUGCCCACAAAUCGCUGGGUGAGCUCGGCAACGCGGCUGGCAGCGUCAUCGCAUUAGGAGUCUUCGGCGACCCAGUUGGUAUUUGGCAGGAUACCGUUGACUAUCCGGCAGUACCGUCGAGUACCAAACUGCUAUCGUACUGUGAGAAGACGACACCCGAUCCUCUAUGCACCAGUGUCACGGAGGACUUCCCGAAGGACCCUAUCGGGUUUAUCAACAGGCUCGUGGACAUGUUCAAGCAAGCGGACACGACGCAUAUGAACGAUACUCAGAAGAAGGCACUCGCGAGCCUGAUUACCGAGCUCCCAAAGCAAGCUAAAGACCAGCUCUCUCAACUUGCAAAGGAUAUCGUGUCGGGUCAUCUAAGACGCUGGAUGCUAACGCCGCAACACUUUUGGUAUGGCAAUGACGGCACGGUCAACACGGCUGUCAGCGACUUGAUCGGCGUAUACCAGGGUAAGAAAUAGGGUUAUUGGCCGUGAAUCCAUAGAACAUAAAAUAUGGAUUAUAGUAUGGAGUAAUUAAUGAAAUACCGGAUCGGACUGUUU